AUGCAAACAGCUAUCCAAAUCAAGGGCCCUGGCAAGGCCGAAAUUGUCAAGGAUACUCCCAUGCCAAAACUUCGCGACGACUAUAUUAUCGUAAAGACAGCGGCUGUUGCUUUGAACCCGACCGAUUGGAAGCAAAUUGAUUACUUACCCAGCCCCGGAGCGAUUGUGGGCUGUGAUUAUAGUGGUAUCGUAGAGCAGGUUGGUUCUGCUGUUAAGCAUGGGCCGCGCGUUGGUGAUAGAGUCAUGGGAAUGGUUCACGGCAGCAACCACUCGAACCACGAAGACGGCGCGUUUGCAGAACAUGUCGCUGCCAAAGGGGAUCUUCAAAUAAAGAUCCCCGACUACAUGACAUUUGAAGAAGCUGCAACAUUAGGUGCUGGUAUCAUUACCGUAGGCCAGAGUCUCUACGAGUCUUUGGAACUGCCUCUGCCUGACGAUCCCCCAAUGCGGUCGUUUCCUGUCUUGAUAUAUGGAGGCAGCACUGCAACAGGCACCCUUGCAAUUCAGUUUGCUAAGCUGUCCGGUUUGGAAGUCGUUACGACAUGUUCCCCCCAAAACUUUCACCUUGUUCGCAAUCUCGGCGCGGACCACGUAUAUGACUACAACUCACCAAGCUGCGCACCUUCUAUCCGAAAGAUUACCAAGAAUCGACUUUUCCAUGUAUUCGACACUAUCUCGACUCCUGAAACGGCAGAGAUAUGUUGCAACGCCAUCGGCAGCCAAGGCGGCAAGUAUGCUGGUCUCAGUGGCCUGGAAGAGCUCCCGCGUGACGAUGUGACCAAUCUUCACGUCAUGGCAUAUAAGGCUUUUGGAGAAGCGUUCGACUUUGGAGAAGAAAAGGUUCCUGCUAACCCUAAAGAGUAUGAUUUCGCAGUCAAGUUUAUGGGACUGGCUCAGGAGUUGCUGUGGCAGGGCAGGAUUAGGCCGCAUCCACAGAGCGUGAGGACAGGAGGAUGGAAUGGUGUUUUGGAUGGGCUACAAGAGAUGCGGGAGGGCAAAGUAUCAGGAGUGAAGCUGGUUUACCCUGUUUAA